AUGGAUAUGGAUUCUUCUGAAGAAGAAGUGCGUAUUCAUAUGGACCGAUUUGAAGAACAACAACGAAUAUUCGUUCAGGCAUUGAAUCAAAUUGAUGAUAAGUCAGAUAAAGAUAAAGAACUAACCAACAACUUGAUGCAGCUAUAUUCAUCGGGGAAAAUACCUAGAGAUCCAGAGCCAAGAGAAGUAAAUUUCAGUAUCAACGGGAAUCACUACACUCAUGGUUAUUAUCUUGCAGAUGGAAUUUAUCCAAAAUGGUCAACUUUAGUUCAAUGUUACCGUUAUCCACCUGCCGGUGAAAUGGGUCGUUCAUACUCGUAUUUCAAUAGUAAACAAAUGAAUCUGAGAAAGGAUGUGGAACGGGCUUUUGAAAUUCUGAAGUGGAAGUUCGCAAUCGUUUGUGGGCCUUAUCGUGGUUUAAGUGCUCGUGAAAUGCAUAAGACUAUGCUGACUUGCAUCAUUAUGCAUAACAUGAUUAUCCAGGAGACCCGUUAUAAUAAGAAUUGGAUUAACCAUCAAGAUGAAGACUUAAGGCCUGAGAUUAUACCAGCUAGAGGAUUACCUGCAAGGAACUACGCGUAA